UCUGCGCGAGUCAGAUACCCUUAACAGAAGCCUUCACAAGAAGCAAAAGCCGAGACUCAAGCGGACUGUAAAGAAGACAGCUCUAAAGAGCAGCCAGCAGAACAGAACAGAAGAGACGCGGCGAACGCGGAGGGCGCGCACUUCCCGAUGCCCGCUCAUCCCAAAGUGGAAAUAAAGCGCAACGCGGUCACGGACGAUUACACUUUGUCCACUCAUGUCCUGGGCCUGGGCAUCAACGGGAAGGUCCUGGAGUGUUACAACAAGAAAACAGGACAGAAGUGCGCACUGAAAAUGGCAAUGGGACCAGAACCUCCCAAAAGUUCCUCUAAGCUCAGAUAUCCUAUAUUUGAACAGACUGGCCUGUAUACUACAAGCAUAUCCCCGUUUGUAUUUCAGGAUGAAGGUCAGUCAAUCAAUACAAUAAAAGGGAGUAAAUCAAAAAAGGUUAAUGACAAAUCCACAUCCCAGCAAGCAAAGACCUCUUACUUCUGCUCUGGUGGAGACCUGCCCAAAGUUCAGCUUCCAUACCAAACUUUUUCUGGAAAAAUCCCAAGGAAAUUAGAGAUAGAAAGACUCAGGAGGGAGUACUCACAGUUAAACCUUGAAGAUCUGCUGGAAGCAAAUGGCAUCGACACUAACAGUCUUUUGCCAAAGUAUCAGGGCAGUAGCAAUGACUCCUGUGUGUCACCCUAUCUUCCACUGGAGAUAUUUGACAAUGAAGAUUUUGACUGUCGGACCCCAGAAGACUGGCUUUCUCUGGGUAUUACUGAAGGAUCAAGUGAUCGAAAGCCUAUUCCAGCCAAAGCCCUCCUGCCAGCUGAAGUCAAAAUUGCAUUUGAUUCAGGUCCCCUUACCCAGGAACACAUCUGGCAUUUGGUUGGGGUUCUUGACUACAAUAAGGAAACAUCUUUGUACCUUGUUGAAAAGGUUCAUCUAAAAGAAUUAAGUGGAAAUUCUAGCCUUAGUGAACAACAAAAGAAGACACCACUGACUGGGGAAAAGCCAUACGUUACAGGAAGUAGAUACUGGGUACCUAGAAUUCGACUGUUAUUCAAAGCAGAGGAUCCACGCAUCUUUGUGCAGCGCAUCAAGAAUGCUCUGCAUUUAAGGGACAACGCAGAAGCGCUUGUGCUUUAUAAUCUAUCUGUUGACUGCAUGCCCAUUUGUGAAGGAACAUCGCUUGAUAGCAGCUGUCUCCAGAGGAUCAAAAAAAAAAGCUCUACAACUCCUAAUCUCAGACAGAAACGUUUGGAUGACUAUGUAAAGCACCUGGAGGAGGAGAUAUGCCUAGACUAUAGCAGGACUAUGAACAAAAUUAUAUUUGACAAUGUAGUAAUGAGUCAAUCAGGGCAGCUGUUUUCACAAAUUAUUAUUCCAAAGAAAGAACAACCACUGGUUCCUAAAAAAGAGAUUUUUCCAGCUCCUCUUUUUUCUUAUAAGGAAACAUGUGCCAAGAUUGCCUUCUGCUCCCUACUCACACAACCAAAGGUGCUGUUUCUAUUAUCUAAAAUAUGGUGUGAGUGUGACAAAGUGGCAAACAUGCAGCUGUUUAAUAUUUCCGAGAGGGAAUCACUUCGACUAAAAGACUUUGAAACCUCACAAUCGCAUUUGCACAUUCAGGUGAACUCUUAUCUUCGACAAACAUGGAUAUCAACAGUGAGCAAUGCCAUUCGGUCUCCCUUAUUAGAGAUCGGGAAAGGCACUUACAAUGUGAAUCAGUCCUCUUGGGAAAUGUAUAAGAUGUCCAAGUUGAUGAAAUUGAUGAAUGUGGUGCGCUACAAAAUGCAAGAUGCCCUGCGCUAUCUUGUGCAAAACUCUUUGGCCAGUCUUACUCAACAAAUUAUGGAUGCCUGUUAUAGUACUCUGACUUGUUGUGAAGAUCUGGUCUGGGGAGAAGACCUCAUUACUAGCCCUUACAAAUCAAAGAAACACACCUUGUUCCUACUGGACUUGGUUCUGGACCAGACUGGAGUUCAUUAUAGCACUCCUCUUGAGAGUUUUCCCUCAUCAAUUGUAAAGCUGUUUGAUAAAGGCAUUGUGGCAGCACAGAAUGUUCCACAAGUUGAAAGGUUGGUGAUGAAAAAUCUCUUCUUUGGGGAAGAUAGUUUACUUGAGUCUGUGAAUAUGCGGGAACCUGAAGUAAUCAAGCAACGAAGGGAGAUACAAGUGGCUCUUUCGCAGGCGGCCAUUCCUUUGAGAGCCUAUGCAGCCGAAUACGUCAAAUAUUUGGAACUAUAUAACCAAGACAUUGAAACACUGCUUAAAUCUAGUACACAGACAGAGUUGACAUCCCAAGUGGUGAAAAAAGAAGUGGAACAACAUUUGAAAGAAAAAGAGAGACUUGAACAAACACUACCCCUCUUUAUCAACAUUGGCCCAUUCACUGUCCAGGUAGAGACUGUUCGACUCGCAUUGUGCAAUAAAAGAAAAGCUUUGGCUAAGUCAUUGCAGGACCAGUUUGCUCAAAGACUUCGUAAGCAGAUUGACGAUGCUUGUGACGAGUGCAUGAUCAUAGACAGAAAACUUUGUGAAAAACCAAAUACAGUUGAGGAACUAUCUGAAAAGAGAGAGUGGAUGAAGCAAAUUCCUGAACAGCUAAGAGUUUAUAAAGAGCGACUUAAAAAGACACUUGCAGAAUAUGAUGUCUUGGAAGAUUUCUUUUACCUUAUACCAAAGGAUGAUUUCAGUAAGAAGUGGGCUGCUAUUGGAUGGCCUCAAAAGAUUUUCAGACAGAUAGAAAAAACAACUGUAAAACACAAGGAGGAUGAGGAACGUUUCCACAAAAUUCAACAAAGUGAACAGAACAACUUUGAGGAACAGAUUGACUCUUUACAAAUGCUGGUUGCUGGUUUUGCAGGUUUUGCAGACAUGAACCAUGCACAUGAGUUGGCCAGUAAGGUGAAACGUACAAAGAAGGACCUGGAGGACUGUCAGGCUAUGGCCCAAAUCUACAACAGGAGAGAACGUCUGCUUCAGCUGCCUUUGACAAAUUAUGAUCGUCUGCAUAAUUUAGUUGGGGAAUUUCAGCCUUAUGAGGACCUAUGGACAACCACCUCCAACUGGUUACACUGGCAUGAGAGCUGGCUCAAUGACCCACUGUCGUCUAUUGACUCUGAACAGCUUGAGAGCAAUGUCACAGAGGCUUACAAGAUCAUGCAGAAAUGUGUCAAACAGUUUAAAGAUAAUCCAGGAUGUCAUAUGGUGGCAGCUUUUAUUCAGAGAAAAAUUGAGGAAUUCCGGCCUUACAUUCCACUAAUUCAAGGACUUAACAACCCUGGAAUGAGAAGUCGCCACUGGGAGAUGCUUUCAGAGCAUAUUCACAUGAAGAUGCAAUUCCAAGCCAAUCUGACUUUCUCACGCUGCCUUGAGCUUGGUUUGCAAAACUAUGGAGCUGAAAUAGCACAGGUGGCUGAGGUGGCAGGAAAGGAAUACACCAUUGAACAGGCACUUAAUAAAAUGAAAGCUGAAUGGUCAGCUUUAGUCGUUGAUGUGCUGCCAUACAAGAACACUGGAACCUACAUUCUCAAAAGUCCAGAGGAAGCUUCCCAAUUGCUAGAUGACCACAUUGUCAUGACCCAGAGCAUGUCACUCUCACCAUUUAAAAAAUACUUUGAAAGUCGCAUAGCCAACUGGGAGAGUAAACUGAAAAUGACUCAAGAUGUGCUAGAGGAAUGGCUGACAUGCCAGCGUUCUUUGCUUUACCUUGAGCCCAUUUUCAGCUCCCCAGAUAUUAACCAACAACUGCCCAAUGAAGCAGGGCAAUACCAACAAAUGGAAAAAAUGUGGACAACAGUGAUGAGAAAAGCUAACAAUAAUCGCAAGAUAAUUGAGUUGUGUCCAGAUGCCCGUUUAUUGUCUACUCUGAAGACGUCCAACUCACUCUUAGAACAAGUACAGAAAGGUCUCAGUGAGUACUUGGAGACAAAGAGACGUUCUUUUCCAAGGUUUUACUUCCUAUCAGACGAUGAGUUGCUUGAAAUUUUGUCCCAGACCAAAGAUCCCACAGCUGUUCAGCCACAUUUACGCAAAUGCUUUGAGAACAUUGCACGGCUAAAAUUUCAGCCUGACUUACAAAUCACUGACAUGUACUCUGGAGAAGGAGAGGAAGUGAAGCUUUUCCAGUCUGUACAGCCUACUGGUGAUGUGGAAGACUGGCUCAGAAAUGUAGAGAAGUCAAUGAAAGCUACAGUAAAAGAUAAUAUUGACCGAUCAUUAAAAGUCUACUAUGAGCAACCUCGGGAGAAGUGGGUUUUGUCAUGGCCUGGUCAGGUGGUGAUUGCUGGAUGCCAAGUAUUCUGGACUGCCGAGGUAUCGGAAGCUAUAGAGAAAGGAGACUUGGCUAAUCAUCUUUAUCCUCAACUGCAAACACAGUUGGGUAACUUAGUCAAACUGGUCAGAGGAAAUUUGUCCAGAAUGCAAAGGGCUGUUCUGUCUGCCCUCAUUGUCAUAGAAGUCCAUGCAAAAGAUGUUGCUGCUGAACUGGUCCAGCAAAAGCUUUCAAAUAUUAAUGACUUUGAAUGGAUCAGCCAGCUCAGAUACUACUGGGCAAGAGAUGACUUGUAUGUCCGUGUGGUAAAUGCAGAGUUUUUGUAUGGAUAUGAAUAUCUUGGUAACUCUGGUCGGCUGGUUAUCACCCCACUGACAGACAGAUGUUACCUAACGCUAACAGGGGCUCUUCAUUUGAAAUUUGGAGGGGCUCCUGCGGGCCCAGCUGGUACAGGAAAGACCGAGACCACCAAAGAUCUUGGAAAGGCCCUAGCAAUCCAGACUGUGGUGUUCAACUGUUCAGAUCAGCUCGACUUCAAGGCCAUGGGGAAAUUCUUUAAAGGACUAGCCAGCUCUGGCGCUUGGGCAUGCUUUGAUGAAUUUAAUCGUAUAGAUGUGGAAGUGCUUUCUGUAGUGGCACAACAAAUUACCACUAUACAAAAGGCUCAACAGCAAAGAGUUAAAAGCUUUGAAUUUGAGGGGACUGAAAUCACACUUGUUCCCUCCUGCGCUGUGUUUAUUACAAUGAAUCCUGGAUAUGCUGGCCGCACAGAACUGCCUGACAAUCUUAAGGCUCUGUUUCGUCCUGUGGCUAUGAUGGUGCCCAACUAUGCUAUGAUUGCUGAAAUUUCUUUAUACUCAUUUGGCUUUAGUGAUGCCAAAAUCCUUUCAAAGAAAAUAACAUCUACUUUUAAGCUAUCCUCUGAACAGCUUAGCUCACAGGAUCAUUAUGACUUCGGUAUGAGAGCUGUAAAAUCUGUGAUUUCGGCAGCUGGAAACCUCAAGAGAGAACAUCCUGAGAUGAAUGAAGAGUUAAUUUGUCUGCGAGCCAUUAAUGACGUCAAUGUGCCAAAGUUUCUUCAAGAUGACUUGAAACUGUUCAGUGGGAUUGUGUCUGAUCUGUUCCCCAAGACAAAACAGGAGCCAAUCAGUUAUGGAACACUGGAGCAAUCCAUGCGCAGUGUUUGUGUUGAGAGGAACUUGAAAGAUGUUGAUGGGUUUAUUCAUAAAUGUAUUCAGCUUUAUGAAACUACAGUGGUGAGACAUGGCCUUAUGCUUGUGGGACCUCCUGGAUCCGGUAAAACAAGGUGUUAUGAGAUACUAGCUGCAGCCAUAACAGCUCUAAAAGGCAAGCCCUCAGUGAGUGGUGGACAGUACGAAGCUGUUCAGGCAUAUGUUCUCAAUCCCAAAUCUAUCACUAUGGGACAGCUUUAUGGAGAAUAUGACCUACUCACACAGGAAUGGACAGAUGGAAUCCUUUCAGCUCUUGUUCGUGAAGGGGCAUCAUCCAUGGACCAAGUGAAGAAGUGGUACAUGUUUGACGGUCCUGUGGAUGCUGUGUGGAUUGAGAACAUGAACACAGUACUGGAUGAUAACAAAAAACUGUGCCUAAGCUCAGGGGAGAUUAUCAAGAUCACAGAUGUGAUGACCAUGAUGUUUGAGGUGCAGGACUUGGCUGUGGCUUCCCCAGCUACAGUGUCCCGCUGUGGAAUGGUCUACCUGGAACCUAGUAUUCUGGGCCUAACUCCUUUUACAGAAUGCUGGCUGAAGCAGAUCCCUGAUGCUUUAAAACCUCACUCAGACCAGCUUAAUUCCCUCUUCUCCAGAUUCCUCAAGGACUCAUUAAGGUUCGUUCGUGGACAUGUUAAAGAGGUUAUCACAUCUCUUGACAGCAAUCUGACAUGCAGUCUUCUUAAACUUAUGGAUUGCUUUUUUGACCCUUUUAAUCAUAAAGAGAAUGAACGACCACUACCUCAGCAUAAAGUGAAGCGCCUAAAAGAAGUGAUUGAGCCCUGGUUUUUCUUCUCUCUGGUGUGAAGUGUUGGAGCCACAGGAGAUGCAACAAGCUGUCAGCACUUCAGUAACUGGCUAAGAGAGAAAAAUGGCAGAAGAGAAUCUGGCGGUUUGGUACAGUGGAUCAGCUGGAUGAAAGAUUCACCAAAUUUUGUCAUUACAGCAGAAACCAAGUAUGCCGACAUUGUUGUGCCCACCCCUGAUACAAUGAGAAUGACUUUCCUGCUUGACAUGCUAUUGAAUAAUAAGAAACCGGUUCUGUGUAUUGGUCCAACUGGAACUGGGAAGACCCUCACUCUGUCAGAUAAACUACUCAAAAACAUGUCAUCAGACUACAUUUCCCACUUUCUCAUGUUCUCUGCUCGCACUUCAGCGAACCAGACUCAAGAUUACAUAGACAAUAAACUAGUUAAAAGGCGGAAAAAUGUGUUUGGGCCUCCAAAGGGAAAGUAUUUCAUAUUCUUCAUUGAUGACCUUAACAUGCCAAUGUUAGAAACAUAUGGUGCUCAACCACCCAUUGAGCUUCUGCGACAGUGGAUGGAUCAUGGGGGCUGGUAUGACAGGAAGCAGAUAGGCACCUUUAGACACUUGGUAGAUAUAAAUUUUGCCUGUGCCAUGGGGCCUCCUGGUGGAGGACGAAAUCCCAUCACACCACGAUUCUCUCGGCACUUCAACUUCUUGUCUUUUACUGAAAUGGAUGAUACCAGCAAGAAGCACAUUUUUACCUCCAUUCUAGGCACCUGGAUGGUGCCAGCUAUCCAGUCACUGAAUGAGACUCUUGUUGAUGCCACUAUUCGAGUCUACUCUACGAUAACUUCUCAGCUUCUUCCAACUCCAGCCAAAUCUCAUUAUACUUUCAACCUCAGAGACCUGUCCAAGGUUUUCCAGGGCAUGCUCAUGGCUAAUGCUGAUACAAUUGAGGAGAAAUCACAGUUGCUCCAGUUGUGGUACCAUGAAAGCUGUCGGGUUUUUCAGGACCGCCUUGUCUGUGUUGAGGACAGAGAAUGGUUUAACGCACUCCUGAAAGACUGUAUCCAAGAAUUUGGGUGCAAGGUUGAAGAAGUUUUAACAUGUCAGCCAGUUUUAUUUGGAGACUUCAUGGGUUCUGGACCUGACAAUAAAAUGUAUGCCUUAAUUGACAACAAGGAUGAGUUAGUAGAGGUCAUCGUAGAGUACAUGGAAGACUAUAAUCAAAGCAGCAAAACAAAAAUGAAACUAGUGCUUUUCAUGGAUGCUAUAGAACAUGUGUGUCGUAUCAGCCGUAUCCUGCGCCAGCCUUUAGGCAAUGCUCUUUUGCUGGGUGUAGGUGGCAGCGGCCGCCAGUCUUUGACCAAACUGGCCUCCUAUAUGUCUAACUAUGAGUGUUUUCAGAUUGAACUGUCCAAAAACUAUGGUCUAUCAGAAUGGAGAGAAGACCUGAAAGGUAUUAUGCUGAAGGCUGGCCUUCAAAACCAGUCAAUCACUUUCCUCUUUGUAGAUACACAGAUAAAAAGUGAGUCUUUCCUGGAAGAUAUCAAUAACAUCUUAAACUCUGGGGAUGUUCCCAAUCUGUAUGCUAAUGAUGAGGAGGAACUGAUACUUACUACAAUGAAGCCAGCAGUUUUAGAGCUGGGUCAGCAGCCAACUAAGGCUAAUCUUAUGGCUGCAUACCUCAAGAAGGUCCGGAGCAAUAUUCAUACAGUUCUGUGCAUGAGUCCUAUAGGGGAGGUAUUUCGUGCACGUCUGAGGCAGUUCCCUUCACUGGUUACCUGCUGCACUAUUGAUUGGUUCAGUGCCUGGCCGGAGGAUGCUCUUCAAGCUGUGGCUUCUACUUUUCUGAAUGAGAUGUCCGACCUUGAAGCCAGUGAUGAAGCUCUUAGAGAAUUGACUCUUAUGUGUGUGAAGAUCCACCAAAUGGUAGCCAAGAAGUGUGAACAAUUCAAGGCUGAGCUUUCACGAUACAAUUAUGUAACACCAAAAAGCUAUUUGGAAUUGCUCAAUAUUUUCUCAAACCUCACUUCACAUAAAAAAAAUCAAUUAAGUAGUGCACGACUGCGCAUGAAAACUGGUCUGGACAAACUUCUCAGCACUGCAGACGAUGUGAAAAAGAUGCAGGAAGAGUUGGUAAAAAUGAGGCCAAGUUUGGAGGAGGCUGCUCAGGAUACUGAGGUCACUAUGGAGACAAUAAAAAAAGAUACAAUCAUUGCUGAGGAAACACGUAAAUCAGUGCAAGAAGAUGAAUCUAAAGCCAAGAAAAAAGCACAAAUAGCAGAGGCCAUUGCAACUGAUGCACAGAGAGACUUGGAUGAGGCUUUACCUGCACUGGAGGAUGCACUCACAAGCCUAAAGUCACUCAACAAAAAUGAUGUUACUGAGGUGCGAGCUUUACAGCGACCACCUCCUGGUGUAAAGUUGGUCAUAGAGGCAGUGUGUAUUAUGAAGGGUAUUAAACCUAAGAAGGUACCUGGAGAGAAGCCAGGUACGAAGGUGGAUGACUACUGGGAACCAGGAAAGGGUCUGCUGAAAGACCCUGGUAAAUUUUUGGAGGGCCUGUUCAACUAUGAUAAGGACAACAUUCCAGAUACUGUGAUCCAGCUGAUCCAGCCCUACAUGGACAAUGAGGAAUUUCAACCAGCUGCUAUUGCCAAAGUGUCCAAAGCCUGUACAUCCAUUUGCCAGUGGACAAGGGCAAUGUAUACAUAUAAUUUCGCAGCAAAGGCGGUUGAGCCUAAAAGGCAAGCGCUUCAGGAGGCCAGGGAAGACUUAGCUAUGACCCAACAAAUGCUAGAUGAUUCCAAAGCAAAGCUGGCAGCCGUUGAGGGUGGAAUUGCCGCUUUACAGGCAAAGUAUGAGGCCUGUAUAGCAAGGAAAAAUGAACUGGAGAAUCAGUAUGACCUAUGUGAAAAACGGAGAGUUCGUGCAGAUAAGCUCACAGGAGGACUUGCUGAUGAGAAGGUACGCUGGAAGGAAACUGUACAAAAUUUGGAUGACAUGAUCAAUAAUGUGACAGGAGAUGUUCUUCUGUCUGCUGGUUAUGUAGCAUACUUGGGACCAUUUACUGGGGAGUAUAGGGCUGCUAUGGCUGAGGAGUGGCUUCAUUGUUUCAAGGAGUUAAAUGUUCCCCACACUAGAGAACCCAACUUGAUCAACACACUUGGAGAUCCAGUGAAUAUUCGCUCAUGGCAGAUUGCAGGAUUGCCAAAGGAUAACCUUUCAGCAGAGAAUGGUGUGAUUUCCCAGUAUUCUUUGCGCUGGGCUCUUUUCAUUGAUCCUCAAGGACAAGCCAAUAAAUGGAUUAAAAACAUGGAGCAAGAAAAUGGACUUGAGGUUGUGAAGCUUACUGACCAAGACUUUCUGCGCAGCCUAGAGAAUGCCAUACGUUUCGGCAAACCUGCCCUCUUGGAGAACGUGGGGGAGGAACUUGAUCCUGCAUUGGAACCUGUUUUUGUUAAAGCGACCUUUAAGCAGUCAGGCAGCACAAUGCUCAAGAUUGGUGAUUCAGUAAUCCCAUAUCAUGAAAACUUCAGAAUGUAUAUUACCACCAAGCUCCCAAAUCCACACUACUCACCAGAAGUCUCCACCAAAGUUACACUGAUAAAUUUCACCUUAUCUCCAAGUGGACUUCAGGACCAGCUGCUUGCUCAAGUUGUGGCUAAAGAGUGUGCAGACUUAGAAGAAACAAAAAAUCAGCUCAUUAUUAGUAAUGCCCAAAUGAAACAGGAACUAAAAGAGAUUGAGGAUGAGAUUCUUCUGCGACUCAGUUCUACAGAAGGAAACCCUGUGGACAAUGAGGAACUAAUUCAAGUUUUAGCAGCUUCCAAAGUCAAAGCGGGGGAAAUUAAGGACAAAGUGACAUCUGCUGAAAAAACUGAACGUGAAAUUGAUGCAACACGUCUGGAGUAUGUUCCUGUGGCAGUACGGACCCAGCUUCUCUUCUUCUGUGUUUCUGACCUCUCCAGCGUGGAUCCAAUGUAUCAGUAUUCUUUGGAGUGGUUCCUUGGCAUCUUUGUGUCAGCCAUUGCAAACUCUAAGAAAGCAGAUAUUUUAGAGCAAAGAAUUGCCAACAUAAAUGAAUAUUUCACAUUCAGCCUGUACACCAAUGUGUGUCGCAGCUUGUUUGAGAAGCACAAACUUAUGUUUGCCUUCCUUCUGUGUGCACGCAUACUGAUGAAUAGGAAAAAAAUUAAUAUGAUUGAAUGGCGGCUUCUGUUAUCUGGAGCAAUGCCAACAAAAGAGCUUCAAAAUCCUGCAGUGAGCUGGUUAUCAGAGCGGACCUGGCAGGACAUCCUGGGCCUCAGUACUCUACCGAACUUCAUAAAUCUGGCAGAGAGUUUCUCACAACACCUACAAGGAUUCAAGAUGAUUUUUGACAGCAACCAACCACACAGGGAGCCAUUACCUGGCGAUUGGGACACAAAUUUGGACUCAUUUCAGAAGCUUUUAGUGUUGCGCUGUUUGAGGGCCGAUUGUCUUAUUCAGGGUUUUCAAGACUUUGUGGCAGCUAAACUGGGUCAGCAAUUCAUAGAACCUCAGACAUCUGAUUUAUCUGAGGUCUUCAAAGAUUCUUCCCACACGACUCCUCUCAUCUUUGUCCUGUCACCUGGUACUGACCCUGCAGCAGACCUGUACAAGUUUGCUGAUGUCAUGCAGUUCUCCAAGAAGAUGAGCGCUAUCUCUCUAGGCCAAGGCCAGGGCCCCCGGGCUGAGAUCAUGAUGCACGCUGCCAUGAUGAAAGGACAUUGGGUCUUCUUCCAGAACUGUCACUUGGCUCCCAGCUGGAUGCCUGCACUAAUACAUUGUUUUGAUAAUCCCACAUUUAACCCUUCCAGACUCCCCCUUUUAUCCCCUAAUGAAGUGCUAUACAUCCUUUUUUCGGUACAACCUGUUCUUUCACAAUCUGAAUGCUGUAGUUGUGUCAUAUGGCUGUAAUAAAAGCUAUAGAACUAGAAAUACAAAGGGGAAAAAAAAGGAAAAUGAUAUUCACACUCCUUUAUUCAAAACACACAGCAAACAUGUAUAAACAACU